CAAAGCCUCAUGGAUGUAUAAAAGAGAUCGCAGAGAAAACUCACCACCAUAUACCAAAGCAUCGUUGUAGAGUGAACACUGUCCAAAAUAAUAGACCUACAUGAAUCAUAAAGUGGAUAACGAUACAUAAGGAUCAUGACGCAUUACUGGAUCAUCAUCACCAUCUCAUGGAUCGGGUCAGCCAGCCUACAGUACAUCAGCUCCGCUGGGAUCGAUGGAGAAACAUUUAUGGACCCCUUAGACUCUAGCGUCCACUUUCCUCCUCUUCCUUACGUGAACUACUUCAACUACCCUUCGAGAAACGACUACGAAACGAUACAAAAUGAUGAAAAUGUUGAUCACAGCGAGUUUUACCCACGAAACCACGAUCAAACGGAAGUUCAAAGAAAGCGACGCACAGUUGACGAUCAAAGCGGCCCAGCAGAACCCUGGAAACCUAAUCUUGUUGAUCUAGACAAAACACUUUACAUACGCAACGACGAUAAAACCAAUCCAUUCAUUAUCAAAGGAUUGUCUGGAAGGCUAGAAGAAAAUGCUACUGAUUUGAUCAAUUCCAUAGAGAAAAGAAGCUUUAGUCCCUGGGGUGGAAAAAGGGAUGCCAUCGAACAUAUGUGGACCUGGAAACGGUCUCAAGCCAUAAGGGAACCCAGUAUGCCGAAGCGAGUUCGUUUCAGUCCUUGGGGAGGAAAGCGAAGCGGACAAAUGAUUUACAAACCAGGCGCAAAAGCUUCCAAGGUAAUUUUUUCAACCUCAGUACCAGAAUUAACUCGAAUCGUAUCGAACUAUUCACCUAAAGGAAGAUUGGAUUUGGCCGGGUUUCAGAUCGUACCAUCACUCGACAAGCGACACCCAAUCAAAAUACUCGCUCUUAGUACUCAAUUUGACGAAAAAACUGCUAAGGACGCGCUCCCUUUCAAUACAUUCAUGGAAAACCUCCCGAAAUACUUUAAAUUGGGGCAUCCCUAUUUAGACGUGAAUUUAAAGAAAGAUGGUAAGAGGAAAGUUAAAUUUAGUGCGUGGGGUGGAAAGCGUUCCCCUCCUAUCAUUGGACCUAUUUGGACACCGGCGGCGCAAAACGUAAAGGAUUCAACUUUGGACGGCAUUGUAUUGAUUCGAAAUCGUGAAAACGAAGAUGUCUAAAGAGUUAUUAAAGCGGCACCAAAGACAACUGGCACUCCUAAACUCCCAAUAUCAAGAUGUUUUAGUUUUAAAUAUUGGUCAUAAACAGUUAAACUGUGAAAUCUGUAUACCUACUUGUGAAAACAAUUAAUAGGUAUAACAGAUUUUUUCAAUUACAUAUGUACCAAAUUUAGUAAUAGAAAACAAAAUUUUUAAUGCAACAUUUUAAUAUUCAGGAAAACAAUUGUCUUCGGCAAAGGCUGGGUUUGCCGAAGGCAUGAACUGAUGCGAUUAUGUGUAAACUUUUGCUAUAGUCAAUUUGUGAUGUCCUAUUGUCUACAUUACGUGUUACCAAAUAUUAUCUAUUCGCAAAUUGUUAGUAAUAAAACAGUAUUAAAUUAAUCAGGUUUAUUUUGCUCCCUACCCAACUGGCGCAAUGUUUAGAAAGAUGCAACUGAUUGUAGAAAAUAUUUUUGUAUUAUGCAAUGUUUUUUAUAAGAAUAAGGUCCUAUAAUGACCUAUAUGCAGUGAUUGUUUUAUUUGGCACAUAAACUAAUUAUAGUUCUAUUACUAUUCAGCUAAAGAAUCAAAUUGCAUUUGUUAGUACCUAAUAAAUGUUGUAGUUGCAUUUGUUUAUAGAUUACUAUAAUAAAAUACAUAAUUCCUCUACAUGAAAUUUAUUAAAUCCAUACACUUAACUAGAUGUUCAAAAUUAUUAUUUUACCUAAUCGCAAAACAGAUGGCGCCACUACUCAGUUAAAGUAUGAAAUUCAAUAGGAGUGUAACAUUUUAAAUAUUACUUUAUAAUAUCUAGAAAUGAAGUUUUAGGUACCAGUAUAAUUUAAGCCACUUAUUUCGACAAAUAUUUCUUACUCAUUAAGAGUAAUGGCGCCAACUGUACAACAUUAAAUUUUUCAAGCUAUUGCUCAAAAAGUCAAAAACAAGCUUAUGUAUACAUUACAUACACACUGACAAAAUUUGUAUACAAGUUACACGCUAACAACUUUUUGGCUGCUUUCAAUUAAUUUUUUUAAACUGUUUGCCUACAUUCAUAUUAUAUUAAAAACCUAAAUAAUAUAAAAAUGUUAUAAAUGUAGCCACACCCUUGCCAGAAACUUAUACUAAUAUUCAAAGAACUUUACUAAUGUAGCAACAUUUAACUUAUAAUAUAGUAUUAAAGUGACUAUUAACUAUGCACAUACAUUAAAAACCUCCUAUAUCCCGAGAUACAACUUUUCUUGCACACAUCUUGUGAUCUAAAGCUUGGCCUUGAAUCCUUGGCUUGGAAUACAUGUUAAUUUCUUUUAGUACACACAUUUUCAAAUAUCAUGUGACUCAAAUGCAUUUAAAAAGUCUAACUUAAGAUGUUUCUUUAAAAUAAUGAUU